AUGUCCGCCACAGCCGGCCAGACCGGUGGCCAGACGGAGACGAUGCGGCACCGCUCCGGCGGCUACCUGCCCAUCGAAAACUACGGCAUCAUCGGCAACAUGCACACAUGCGCUCUGGCCGGCAUGGACGGUAGCAUAGACUUCAUGUGUUGGCCCGACUUUGACUCGCCCUCGGUCUUCUGCCGUUUGCUGGAUAAAGACAAGGGUGGCUACUUCUCCAUCGCCCCGCCCUCGUCUCUGCCCUGCACUACCAAGCAGCAGUAUCUGCCGUCCAGCAACAUCCUGCAGACGCGCUACAUCCAUGAGGACGGUGUCGUUGACCUCGUCGACUUCUUCCCUCGCCCAAAGCACAACGCUGUCGUGGCCAGGACCCCAACCCAGACUGCCUACCGUGAGAUGACCACCGUCCCCGACGAGCUCAAGAAAUGGCUGGUCAGGAGAAUCGAGUGCAUCCGCGGCCGGCUGGAGCUCGACGUAGAGGUCUUUCCGGCUUUUGGGUACGCCAAGGAGCCGCACGUCACCGAGGUCGUGGAGUCGAUGCAGGGUCAUGGCGACGGGCACUCCCAGAGCAAAACGGUAACGUUUCAUAGCAGCAACUUGAAGCUGCAGUUGGAUGUGACGAUGGACUGCGGGGAUGGUGAUUAUGGCGGCGGCGGCGGCAAAAAUGCACAUGUGGCAUGCCCCGUGGUGGCCUUCAAAAAGGUCAAGCAACCAGGUAUGCUGAGCGAGGGCGUCGUUGCCCGCGUCACCCUUACCGAAGGUCAGGCCGUCUCCUUUGUGUUGCGUGAGGAUAAACCCAACCACGUGACGGAAAAUAUCACGACGGCAGUUGUGGACGCCCAGCAACACAGCACGCAGAGCUACUGGUACAACUGGAUCUCAAAGUCUAAGUACCGGGGCAGGUGGCGCGAGGUGGUCAGCCGGAGCCUUAUGAUCCUGAAGCUGCUUACCUACGAGCCGACGGGCGCGAUAGUGGCCGCGCCGACCUUUUCGAUACCAGAAGACAUUGGUGGCGUGCGCAAUUGGGACUACCGGUUCUCGUGGGUCCGCGACUCGAGCUUUACCAUCUACAUCCUGCUACGCCUUGGAUAUAAGGAGGAGGCCGACGCGUACAUGGAAUUCAUUAGCGAGCGGAUACUCAAGUCUCGCGCUCCGGAUGGCGGUCUGCCCAUUAUGUUCACAAUCAGGGGCGAGACCGAGAUUCCCGAGUUAGAGCUAAGCCACCUGGAUGGAUAUCGCGGGAGCAAGCCCGUGCGGAUCGGGAACGGAGCUGCAUUCCACCACCAGUUCGAUAUCUAUGGUGAACUGAUGGAUGCAAUCUAUCUAAACAACAAGUAUGGCAAGCCGGCCACAUGGGAUCAGUGGGUUGCGGUGCGGAAACUCUUGGAUUAUGUCUUGACCAUCAUGCAUGAACCGGACAUGUCGAUAUGGGAAGUGCGCAACAACAAGCAGAAUUUUGUCUAUUCCAAAGUCAUGUUGUGGGUAGCUUUCGACAGGGGCUUGCGCCUGGCCGAAAAGCGCAUGUUCCCGUGUCCCAACCGAAACAAGUGGCUCGAGGCUCGCGAUUCUCUGUACGAGGAAAUCAUGGAGAAAGGCUACAACACCCAGAUGAAAUCCUUCAUUCAAAGCUACGAGAAUAAUACAAUGAUCGACUCGUCCAUCCUCAUUGCCCCGCUCGUCUUCUUUAUUUCGCCGAGUGACCCGCGGUUCAUCAACACCAUGGAACGCAUCUUGCUUCCGCCGGAGAAGGGCGGCCUGACGAGCACAGGGCUGGUGUAUCGCUACGACACCGAACUCUCCGAUGACGGCGUAGGCGGCAGAGAGGGCGCAUUCAGCAUGUGCACUUUCUGGCUGGUGGAGGCCAUGACACGAGCGGGCGUCUACGAGCCCAAGUACAUUGUACGCGCCAUCAACCUCUUUGAGAACAUGCUGAGCUUCAGCAACCACCUCUGCAUGUUCAGCGAGGAGAUUGCAAGGUCGGGUGAGCAGCUGGGUAACACUCCCCAGGCAUUUAGCCACUUGGCCCUGAUCAGUGCUGCCUUCAACUUGGAUCGAGCCACCGAGUUCCAAAUGAGGCAUUGA